CACCUUUAAUGGAAAAAAAAUAGGGCAUUCAUCACGGGGCUAUUAUGCGAAUGCAGGGAGAGAGCGCGUGCCCAGCCUUCAGCACAAUGCCUGACAUAUGGCUGCUAAGUAGUAGCUAUUUUUUCUUUUUAAAAUACCAUUCAUUUUUUAAAUCUUUUUUUAGUAGCUAUUAUUAUAGUGCGGGUUUUUUUUUUUUUCUACAUAACACUUUUCUUCAUGCCUUCCAGAGGAAAGACAGCUUUGAAAUCAGACAGAUUUAGGAUCAGAUCUCAAGUACAGCAGUUACUAGGUGUCCCAGUCAGUAUCACUGUUGCUGUGAUGAAAAACCAUCACCAAAACAACUUGGGGAGGAAAGGGUUUACUUGGCUUACACUUCCGCCUCACUGUUCAUCACCAAGGAAGUCAGGACUGGACCCUGGAGGCAGAGGCUGCUGCAGAGGCCAUGGGUGCAGCAGACUGGCCUGCUCAUCCUGCUUCCUGAUAGGAUCCAGGAGUACCAGCCCGGGGGGAAACCUCACCCCCAGUGCACUGAGCACAAAGUGGAAAUGAUGACGCAGCGUCAUCUAUGAAUAUGGAGUUGAGUACGAAGUGAAGUCUUCAGAAAGCCCCACGAGGGCCUAAGACAUACUGACUUUUUUUUUUUUUUCUUUUUUUCGGAGCUGGGGACCGAACCCAGGGCCUUGUGCUGACUUUCAAUCUGACUUUUAGCUUUUGAAUCAAUGCUUAUCUUUCAGUGGCUUAACUAUGACCAGAUACGUAGAACCCACUUUAUUCGAGCCACACACUCCCCAACACCCCCCCACCCCCCCAACCCUGCUAUUAAGGAGAGGUGAUAAACUCAUUCACCAAGACAAUGAGACAUUGAGGGAACCAGGAAGACCGGGAAGUGUUGGGGGCGGAGAGAGGAAUUUUACUCUCUCCCCUUUAUGGAUGUUUUACCACUUAUUUGUGGUUUGCUUAGCAAACCAGGGCCCUACAUGCUAAUCAAGUCCUCUAGCACUGAGCAACAUCCCUUUAAAUUUUAGGUAUGUUUGUGAUUUUUUGGUUUUUUUAACCCAAGAAUCCAAUCAACAUGCACAAGACAGAUUAACCUGGGGAAAAGCAUAUAUUUAUUUAAUCAAUAUAUUCGUUAUUCUUAUCAUAGCACCCUUUCUGUUGCUAUAAAACACCGCAACCACACAACUUUAGGAGGAGAGAGCUUAUUGGUUUAUGGGUUACUGUCAAUCAUGGAGGAAGCCAAGGCAGGACCCCGAGACAGAACCCAUGGAAGAAUACUGCUUACUCAUUCACAGUCCACAGAUGUCUCAGCCUACCAUCUUAUACAACACAACUGCACCUGCCCUGGGCGGCACCACCUACACUGGGCUAGGUUCUCUUUCGUCUAUCAUUAACCAGGAAAAUGCCCCACAGACAUGCCCAGGGCCGUCUGAUGGAGGCAAGACUUGGGUUGAGGGUCCCUCUUCCCAGGUGAUUUUAGCUUGUGUCACACUGACAAAGACUAAACAGCACUAAGUACAUGAGUGUCUUUAAAAGGUUAUUACAGAUGAGUUCUUUAAAAGUAUAUUAACCCAGCAGUCCUUAUAAAGAAAUGGCAGACCAACAGAAAGCUAGGUGGGAUGGUGCACACCUGAGAUUCUAGAACUCAGGAGUCUGAGGCAGGAGCAUCAGAAGUUCAAGGUAAUCCUCUGUCUGGGCUACAUGAAAAUCAAAACACGUCCCCCUGCCCCCAAGCAAUGAAGAAGUUAUACAAUCAAUCACAUGCACUGAAGUGAUAGUAAGUGGCAAAUUGAGGCAAGGUGAAGGAGCUCAGAGAAGGAAAGCAAAUUGGGUACAGAGGUGACUAAGAAGAUAAAGAUUACUGUAGCAAGGUCUGCUGUACAGAUCCCUUCAGCCUCAGCUUGGUGUCCUUGAUAGUAAGAAUGUUGCCUUCCUUUUGCAUAGAGAAGACAGUGUUCACAUCGGAAUGUCAUUCCUGCUUUGGAGAAAGAAUGAGAUCAGAAUGAUCUUGCACAUACUAUCGUUUUUCUUUCUUUUUAGAGUUUACUUAUUUUUAUUUUAUGUGUAUGGGUGCUUUGCCUGUAUGUUUGUCUUUGUACCACAUGCAUACAUGGAGGACAGGAGAGGGCAUUGGGUCCCCCAGGACUGGAGUUACCAACAGUUGUGAGCUUCCAUGUGUUGGGAAUUGAACCCAGGUUCUCUCUCUCAAAAGCAUCCGGUGCAUUUAACCACUGGCUACCUGCUCUUUUAAAAGUGCUGUUAAUUAAAAAUGGGCAUUAUACCACAGCAAUGUAUUUUGGAAUUCAUUCUCAUUCUCUCUCUCUCUCUCUCUCUCUCUCUCUCUCUCUCUCUCUCUCUCUCUCUCUUUCCACUCCUGCUUUCAUUUUUGAAAUAGGAUUCCACUGUAUAGUAGUGUGUGCCUAUCAUCUGAUAUCCCACAGUAUAAUCUUGAUAGUGUGUGCCCAUAAUCUCAGAACUCAAGAAUCUGAAGGAGGGGGACAAUUAUGAACUUAAGGCCAGCUAAGGCUGCGAAGUGAAGCUCCACCACCAAAAGGGCAGGGGACUAACUGCUCAGUCAGUAAAGUACUUGCCAUGCUUCUUGAUGACAUGAGUUCAAUUCCCAGUGCCCAUGUAAAAGGUCAAGUAUGGUAGCAUGUACUUCCUAUUAAAGCAUUGUGAGGUAGACACAAGAGGGUCCCUGGGGUCUGCUGGCUCCCCAGUCUAAGCUAAUCAGCAAGACCCAGGUUAUGAUGAGCAAGUCUGUCUCAAAAAGCAAAGACAAUCACAUCUGAGUAAGGACACCGGAGGGUGAUGUCUGACCUCCACAUGUAAGUAAAUACCAGGCAAUGUGCAUAUCUAACUGCACUCAUCUCACUAUCUGCACACACACACACACACACACACACACACACACACACAUUCACAUGCACAUACACACAUAUACUCACACAGAUACACAUGCACACACACACAUUCAUAUGCACAUACACACAUAUACUCACACACACAUAUUCACAUGCACAUACACACAUAUACUCACACACACAUACACAUGCACACACAUACAUUCACACAUGCACAUAAACACACACACAUACACACACAGUAGCAAGCACUGGGUGCAGUGGUAUUUUUUUGUCUGCAAUUUCAGUACUACUCAGGAAGCAAAGACAUAGUAAGGAUCAGGAGUUCAAAACCAGCCUGUGCUGAUAUAAAAAUAAAAAAUUAGGAAGGCAAGCCCACACCCGUGGGUUUCCUGAGAAGCAGUCGAGUCAUCAGAGUUGGGCCCUGAGUAAGAGGAACUGACAACGGCCAGCUCCCAGUGUUUUGUUGGAUGUGUGCUGAUGUGAGGCUUUCCCCGAGAAGAUGAGAAGAAGCAUUGCCCUUACCUACCAGGCAGUAAAAGUUGAGAAACUCCAUUCAGAGGCAGGGAGGAGAGGAGAUAAAAGCCUCCCUCAAAGCCUCUUCUAUCUCAAGCUGCCAAAUGGCUGUGACUCUGGGACUAUGAUUGGUCCCAAGAAGUGGGAGUCAGCAACUCUGAGGCAAGGGAUUAGGCACUGAGUGUUUGGGUGGAAAGCCAGCUCCUCAAAAGAAUGCUUCUUUGUCUGCAUGCCAUCAGUGCCAAAGCAAAACACAUUUAUCAGCAUUGGAAAACUGCAAGGAGAGUCUGCAGAGUUUAAGCAACAGAAAGGGGCCAGGAGAAAUAGAUUGUUCGUGAUGAUCAUGACUAAUUUAAGAAGUAUGAAAUGUUUUGCUAGUUUAUUCUCUGAGAGAGCAGGUUUUAUUAUUUUACACAAAGCAUAAAUGUGCGUAAGGGCUUAGACCUCAUAAGCUCAUUUUCCGUCUACUUUUUCGAGAAUAAGCGUUUCCUGCCUUCCAACUACACCCUCCCAUGGCGAUUUUCAGGGCUUAACCACCAUGAAUGAGGUGUUGGUGGAAAAGUGGCUCAGGUGCUUGGCGUUUGAGCAGCUCCCCCUGACCGGACAUGAAUAAUGGGUUCCAGGUACUGUGAGAUGGAUGGACAAAACGGUGGGUGCAAUCUAAACAUCAGUCAGAUUACGGUAAAUUCCGGCUUGAUUCAGGAAAAUUUUAUCAAGAUAAAGAGAGAGAUAAAGGUCUCCAGACCACAGAAGAUGCCAAGUUCUAUGCCCUUUCCGCCAGGUUUAAGCCAUUCAGCAAUGAGAAUGAGACCUUGGUGGUUCAGUUUUCAGUAAAACAUGAGCAGGGCAUCGAUUGCGGCGGUGGGUAUGUGAAACUCUUUCCUGCCACGCUGAACCAGGAGGAUAUGCACUCAGAAUCCCAGUAUUACAUCAUGUUCGGCCCAGACAUCUGUGGCUUUGGCAACAACAGACUACAGGUCAUCCUUUAUCACCGAGGGAAAUACCAUGAGAACAACAAGACCCUCAAGUGCAGGAUUAAUAAAGACACUCACUUGUACACACUGAUCCUUCGCCCUAAUGCUACUUACGAGGUUAAAAUUGACAAUGAGAAGGUGACAGGAGGAGAACUGGAAGCUGACUGGGACUUCUUGCCUCCCAAGAAAAUAAAAGAUCCCUACGCCAGGAAACCGAGGAAAUGGGACGAACGGCUACAGAUAGAGGAUCCUGAAGAUAAGAAACCUGAGGACUGGCAGGACUCUGAAUUCAUCCCAGACCCUGAUGCCAAGAAGCCGGAUGACUGGAAUGAGGCAAUGGAUGGGGUGUGGGAAGGGCCCCUGAUACCAAAUGUCAAGUACAAGGGAGAAUGGAAGCCUCGGAUCAUUGACAAUCCCAAUUACCAGGGGGAGUGGAUUCACCCAGAGAUAGACAACCCCAAAUACAGGCCUGACCCCACCAUUUGUCACUACCAUAAUAUCAGCGUCCUUGGCCUGGAUCUUUGGCAGGUGAAAUCAGGCAGCAUCUUUGACAAUUUCCUUCUAACAAAUGAUGAAGAAUUUGCUGAAGAGGUUGGAAAUAUGACCUGGGGAUUAAGAAAGGAUGUGGAGCAGCAGUGGAGAGAGCUGUAUGAAGAAAUGGAGAAACAGAAGGAGGCGGAAGAGGCCAAGAAGAAAAGGGAAAAGCAGCGAGCCAAGCAAGAAGACAUCUGGGGACUAGAUGAGGAGGAUGAGGAGGAAAAUGAAGAGGACGCUGAGGAGGAAGCAGAGGAAAGGCCCAAGCAGGAAGGCAGCGGCGAGAGGGCAUCAGUGGAUCAAAAGGAAGCCCAUUUUGAGCAGAAGGAUGAACUGUAACUGCAGAGACAAUGGGUAUGGGAGAAGCAAGAGACGGUGCUUAGGAAGGGAAAUGGUCACAAGCUUAGCAAAUUAUGGGGAGUAAAACAACUGUCUUUAUAGAUAAACUUUGGAUUUAUAUUUCUACUCCCCUUCCCUGCUCUAUUUUGCUUAUUGGUAGAAAGGGAAUGAUAAUUUUAUCUCAGGAGGUGGCUGUAGAGACUGAAUGAGGUAAUGUGUGUAAAGUGCCCAAAGUAAAUACAUUAUAAAAAUGUAGUAGUUAAAACUACUGCCAUUAUCAUGGUGUUCAAUAAAUUAUUUGUCGGUAAUAAACUUCUAUAUAAACUUGGUUCUUUCAUUUGAA